AUGUAUCAGUCGUUUAGCCGUUGUAUCCUUUCUGUCCUAUACAUCAACGCUCUUUUCUUCUCCGUUCCUUUAUCACUGAUUGUCUGGUACGUUAGAAGAGAGCUCGUUUCGGAAACAGGCGUCGCCGGUGACGACAAGCUCGGCGGCAUAAGUGCGAAGCCUCGCAUUAAGGACGCCAAUCAGAACUUCGAAGUUUGCGUAGUCGAUAGGGCCAGCCACUAA